CUUCGGUUAGCUUCGCGGCAAAACUGCCAAAUCAUUUCCCUGCUCUAAAUGUUAAAAAUGUUGGGGUAAGUCUUCUAGAAGGAUAUUUUAUUCAGUAAACCAGUAUUAGUAUUAUUUGUAAUUUUGAAUUGUGAACAUCUGAUAAUAAUUUGGUUAGUGUUGGUGUUGAAAAUGGAGCAUAUUGAUAUUUCGAGAACAAAGUCUCAAAAUUUUAAGCCGAUUAAAUUGCUGUUAGAGAUCAUUCUAAACCGAAAAAAUGUGACAUACACAGCACCAGUGCGUAUGUCAAACCUCAACAGCACCUUUUCGUCCCUAAAUUCAUCUAAAGAUGCAGAAGAACUUCUCAACGUGACGAUUAACGAGAAAACAAAUAAAUCUAAUUCUUCCAAAGCUACAUCGAAACAGAAAAAACGAAAAACAGUUGAGAUAAAGAUAAAAUUAGAUAUUUCUGAUGUAAGCGAAGAUAAUGAACACGUCAAGGAUGAUGGAGAAGAAGAAGAACAAGUAGCCGAGUUCAAAGCGACCACUAUAAAAAAAAUAGCGAGCAAAAUAAGUGUGAAUGCUAAAGAAGGCAAACUGUUCUGUGAAAACGAGGAACAGGUAUUUUCUACAGCUAUGAAAAGGAUGUCGAGUAGAGUUAGUCUAUCUAUAAAAGAUGAUAAUAAACAAAUAGAAAAUCACGAAGAAACACUUUAUUUUGAUAUAAACUCUCAAUCGGAUGAUAAAUCAAAUAUUGCUACAUUAAUCGAAUCUCUAAGCGGUCCUCACAAUCAUUCUGUUUGGCACAAAAUAUUCGAGAAAAUCCAUAACAGUUACCAAACUGCAUGUGAUGAUAAAAAAAUCGUUGAUGUAAUCAAUGAAUUGAUCAUGGAAAAAUAUAAACAAGCUUUAAAUAUUUUAAAACAACGCGUUGAAAAGAGAGAACAAAAUAAAACAAAUAAUAAAACGUUGGAUGAUUCGAAUGACUUUUGCGAGCAAGAAAAAACAUUCGAAGACUUUAAAGUCAACUUGGAAAGUAAGGAAGGUUCAAAAUUGAAAAAUACGGCUAUGAGAAAUACAAAUAAUACUGCUCAAAACAAAGUAGAUUCGCAGGAAAUUGGAAGUCCUUGUAGAAAUCUACUGGAUAUUUCAAAUGAUAAACUCGCAAAUGAUUUAAAAGCUUACAAUGAAAAAUACGAACCUAAAUAUCAAUUCUUAAAUGCUUCAAAAAUUGAUAACCAUGUACCAGAAAAUCAGUUUAGUUUCUGCAAAGAAAGAAGCUUUUCCGAUGACAUACUAAUAUCGUUUGAAAACGAUUUGAAGAAAGAAAAUGUGAGAAGUUUUUUAAAAGCGGAAGGAGAAAACAUGUACGAGGAUAUAAACAAAAUUUUCGAUUCUGAAAUAAGUUUAGAAGAAAAUAUUGUUGAGUACGAUUCAAGAAAAUUUCUGCGCUCUGCUUUGGGAGAAGACAUAUAUUCCAGUUUUGAUUCUCAGAGUGAAUACCGUACAUGUUUAUAUGACUCCCCGACACUUGAAACUCCUGAUACUUUGAAAACCGAACAAAGCAUAGGAAGCAGUAACAUUUCAGAGCUAAUCUCAGAUUUAGACAGAAGAAAAUCUGCUGGCAUUUACAGCCUUUACAGUUCAGUAAAGAAAAACAUGAGUAAAAAAUACAAAAAACAAGGAAAGCAUUUCGCCAAAUCUACGAAGAGUAGCAACGAUUACGGGUAUGAAAGUUUGGAUGAUUUGGAUAAUAAUAUUCAUGAAAAAACUUUGACGGAGGACAAUGUAAGGCAAAAUGAGAUUAUUUAUCAAAUGUCGAAAGCUGUUAGUGUUUGUAGGAGUCAUUCGGAUUUUUAUGGAUCUGAUAUUUUCGUUGAAGCUGAAAAAAUUUUGUUGAUUGCUAGUUUGAGAAAAGACGUUAACGACGAUGAAUUAAAAAAACUUGACUAUGAAGAUAUCGACCAGCGUCUUACCUCGAGUUCAGUAAUAAUAAAAAAUCUCGAAAUAUUUUCCAAACCCAUUACCGUUGUAACAAAAAAUAAGAGUAACGACUGGCAUUGGGUCUGUAUUAUUCGUCAUGGAUCCACGGUAUAUGCUACAAAACCCUUACUACAAGAAGACAAGACUAUAAGUUUUCCAGAUAAAUUCCAUUUUGAGUGGUUACCAUCCGAUUUUGAGAUACACGUCAGCAUCUAUGGAUUGAUGUUGAAGAAUAGAAAACAUAAGAAAACCAAAUUCCGCACUGAACUAAAAACGGUACCAUCCUCAAGUUCCGAUUCAACACAGUCGUACUUCACUCUAUGGGGUACAACCAUGAUUAAACCUUCACAAUCAAAUCAGACUGUAUUUAAUUUGGUUCAAGCGCUUCCAGGGGCUCCUAUAACGGAUAUUUUGAAAAUUAACGUUGAAACUACCUUCAGUAUUCAUGUUAAAGAAGUCGGCUUUCUAACUAUAGGACUAGAUUAUAAGGGAUAUCCUGUUUGGAAUAGAAGAUGGUGUUCGCUUGAUGGAUCUAGGUUAAGGUAUUGGAAUUAUCCUAACGAAGAACAACACUGUGAACCAUUAGGCGAACUGGACUUACUAAAUUGUUUUUCAAAGGAAAUUCAAAGAGCACCGAAAGAUAUUUGUCCAUACCCUCGAACUUUAUUAAUACACAUGAAUGGACGUGAAGGUAGCAAAACUGUGGAAAGAAGAUACUUUGUGGCUGCUGAUAACCUAGCUGAUUUAAAAAGAUGGCAAGAGAGCUUAAAUUUAGUUUUGAGUUACCUGAGAGAGUGGAACGAGUAUGACUGUUUUCUGGAGAACUGA